AUGAUUUCGCGAUACAGUAGAAGGGCAGUAUCGCAUAAACUUGAAAUUCGUGGUUUGUCUCGGAGCAGUCUUGACCAGCACCCUCUCCCAGAGGAGGCAGAUGAUGACCAUUCGACCCCACGCUGCCUUCAUGGCCUUCAGGAUGGAGGUUCUACUCAUAACAGCUCCGAGACAUCUGCAGCGUCGGCCCACUCUGACUGUUCUACUAUUAUCACCGUAGACUUUAAUCAGUCCUGGUCAGGGCUUCAGAGUUCAACAGGAACUGGCAUCUCCACAGAGAGAAGCUCUGUUUUCUCCUGGGGCUAUGAUGAGUUUGACAAGGCUGCAUCGCGGCAGGUGCAGCAAAUGUUUGAAGAGAUCGACAAAGAGCUUUAUGAGGGUAGAGGCAGUGGGGGAGGGAUUCUGCCAGGUCUGCAGGAUGAAUGUCAACAAUGGGCCUCACGAUUCCCACAUCUUCGAAUCAUCGGCACUCAGUUGCUGUGUCCCACUGAUGAAGGCUUCCAAUGGUAUUCUUCAAAAAGCAGUUUAUCCGGCAGUUUGUCAGUGAUCAGAGAGAACAAAGACAAGUCUAUGGAGAACGACCAAGAGGACACAGAGUUGAAUGUUCAAGUGAUAGAAGUCGAGGGAGUCAUGGAGGAGUACCUUGCAUUUGACAGCCAGGAUGUGGAUGGCGAAAGAGAGCCGGACAGUUCUGAUUCGGGGCGGAGAUAUCACUGCCUUCCACCUGUAUCUCCGUACCGCUGCCGGCGUCAGGCUGUCCUGGAUCUGCUGUUUGAUGAUGUGUGGCAGCAGCUGGUGGGGUGGACGAAAGAGCUCGUUCAACGGCACUGGGAAGAGUGUACCUUGAUAGAAGAAGAAAGACUUUAUGGAAACUUAAGCCCUGUCCCGCAGCUCUCUAACCAUCCCUUCAUGCUGCUCUCUACAUUGCCACCCACGCUCCCCAAGCUGGGUCUAGGCAGGGUGCCCCCACUUGCAGGUUUACCAAUACAGAACACUAAAUCAAGGGGUUCAAAGCACAAGUCCAGGCGGAAAACCAAAAAGCAGAAAAGACCAUCCAGUACUGUGAGAGGCCCCGUCGGAGCAGCAGUGCAACACAACCUGAACGACCUCAUUGUUAUCCAAAGUAUCCCUCUUCAGCAGAGAAAUCUAACAUCACUGGAUAGAACACCAGAUCCAGAGGAGAGGCUGUACCCCAGACCAGGCUCCAGUGUUGUUCCAUCGAACAAAGCUCGUCCUCGGCGGAUACUGGAGCAAAGCUCUUCAUCAUUAUCUCGUCCAGCACAGUCAGCGCGACGUAGAAACCCUCCCCCCCGCACUCUUUUACCGCUGGUUCCUUCUCUGAGUCAGUCCACAGCUGGUUCGAUGGAUGAGAUCAUCCGUGGAACACGCUUGAAUACAGCAAACACUUCUCCACUGCUGCCUCUAAGCAGAAACACCCUUCUUCCUCCUAUUGGAACAGGAGAUCCAGAGAUAUCCCAUUCACUACAAAACCCUAAACCUGCACAACGCCAGAAAGGACCCUCAAGCCGCGCUCACAGUGCUGUAAAUGAAGAAGUUGGCAGCUCCAUACCCAGUCGUCACCACCUUCUUGAUGCCUUCUCUCGUCCCAACACCACCCACACAUACAGGUCAGACACUCCUUAUCGGCGCUCCUUUACUAUAUUGGAUAACAUUGGACAGGGGAGGCCAGGGAGGGCCUCUGUGGCAGCUGAUGCUCUUGGGAUUGGUGUGACUGGGGUUGGCCUUGGCAUCAGCAGCUCUUCCUUUUUGGACUCUUUUCCCCACCAUCCAUUGGGCCACACAUCCAUCAAAGAUGCAGAUGAGCCAGAUUCACAGAUUACUAUUCCAGUCUCAGUGAUGCCGGGGUCCAUUCCACGAUCUUUCACCCGAGGAUGA